AUGACCAAGAAAUUCGAGAUGAGCAUGAUAGGUGAUCUAACUUUGUUUUUGGGAUUGCAGGUCAAACAAAUAACUGAUGGUAUUUUUUGUCAAGCUAAAUCUAUUGCAGAUGUGCUGAAGAUGUAUGGUUUCUCUGAUUGCAAACCAGCAAAGUCUUCAUCAGCGUCUAUUGGCACUGAUCAAAGUGGCACUGAUAUGAAUGCAACUAUGUUUCGAGGAAUGAUAGGCUUUCUACUCUAUAUUAUAACCAGUCGCCUUGACAUUAUGUUUGCCACCAGAUUGUGUGAUCGCUUUCAAUCCAGUUCUAAGGAAUCUCAUCUUCACGCUGUCAAAAGUAUUUUUCGGUACUUCAAACAAACACCCAAUCUUGGGUUAUGGUAUCCUCAUGACUUUGAGUUAAAGAUAGUGGGAUAUACUGACUCUGAUCAUGGCGGAUGUGGCGUUGAUCAUAAAAGAACUUCAGGUGGGGUGUACAUGCUUGAAAAUAUAUUAGUAAGAUGGUCAAGGAAAAAGCAGAAAUCAGUGGCAUGUUCUACCGCUAAGGAUGAAUAUGUUGCUGCAUGA